GUCUCGCGCAGGGUCGGGUGUGCGCACAGGCUGCGAGCCCUGCGACUCGUGCCCGCGGUCUGCGCUCGGCGGAGCGCGCUCGGGGCGGCGUUUCCUGCUCUCCCUGGUGCGUCUGCAGCCCCGGCCUCGCGUGACCCAGCCCGGCCAUGGCUUCAGCUCCGGAGGAGCCUGAGAAAUCUCAAAUAAAUCUAAGAAGCUGCCUAAAAUGAAGAAAAGCUACAGAAAGAUCUAGAAGAGGUGAAGGUGCUACUGGAAAAAGCCACUAGAAAAAGGGUACGUGAUGCCCUUACAGCUGAAAAAUCCAAGAUUGAGACAGAAAUCAAAAACAAGAUGCAGCAGAAAUCACCGAGGAAAGCAGAACUUCUUGACAAUGAAAAGCCAGCUGCUGUGGUUGCUCCCAUUACAACGGGCUAUACCGUGAAAAUCAGUAAUUACGGAUGGGAUCAGUCAGAUAAGUUUGUGAAAAUCUACAUUACCUUAACUGGAGUUCAUCAAGUCCCCACUGAGAAUGUGCAGGUGCAUUUCACAGAGAGGUCAUUUGAUCUUUUGGUAAAGAAUCUAAAUGGGAAGAGUUACUCCAUGAUAGUGAACAAUCUCUUGAAACCCAUCUCUGUGGAAGGCAGUUCAAAAAAAGUCAAGACAGAUACAGUUCUUAUCUUAUGUAGAAAGAAAGCAGAAAACACACGGUGGGACUACCUGACUCAGGUUGAAAAAGAAUGCAAAGAGAAAGAAAAGCCCUCCUAUGACACUGAAACAGAUCCUAGUGAGGGAUUGAUGAAUGUUCUAAAGAAAAUUUAUGAAGAUGGAGAUGAUGAUAUGAAGCGAACCAUUAAUAAGGCCUGGGUGGAAUCAAGAGAAAAGCAAGCGAAAGGAAACACAGAAUUUUGAGACUUUCAAGUCCUUUGGGGAACUGUGAUGUGGAAAUAUUGAUGUUUCCAAUAAGGAAAUGUUGGUGAGCUACACAGAUAAAUUUGACAGAUAACUCUCUACACAGCUGCCUUCUAAGUAAAGGCAGUGAAUUCUCCAUUUCCUACUGGAGGAUUUAUUUAAAUAAAAUAUGCGUAUUAAACAUUUCCUCCAAAGAUGGUUUCCUUAGUAACCUGGUCAUUUUGUUCAAGAAAGGGUAACAUUGCAUUCUCGUGUGAAAUGUAAAAAAGCAAGUCUUGCCUAAUGAAAAUGCCACGUUGUGUGUAUUUUUGUUCAGCUAAGAGGUAGAAAACAAGUUAUUGCUUGCCUUUAAGUUGCUGACAUCAGCUCCUACCAAUGUAAGAAUAAAUAAAAAUAAAACCUGAA